GCUUCCGCGGGUGCCUGGCACGCUCGGCCCCCUCCUCGCCGAACGCGCCUUUCACUCAUGUAGUUGGGAAAAGUUAACUUUUCUAUUACCGCACAUUUCACUUACCCAGGUACUUAAUUACCAUUGUCCCAGGGAAAUGUCAGUGUGACUCAGAGACACUUUCCCAUUAGGAAGAGACAGAUGAAUAUUAAGUUGAGUUGCUGGUGGGUGGGCUGGCUUCCAGCUCCUCUCCCGGGGGACCCUGUCACCCUCCACGCCCUGGACCCGUGCAGGACCCUCUUACCCAGCUCAGUGGAUCGGUGGCACUUCGCUCUGGGCACCGGAGUAAUUCGACCUCCCACCCGGAGCAAAGGGAAGGAGCCUCAUUCCAAACGACUUUUCCCUCUGCGUCCUGGGGAUUUGUUCGAUCUCUAACACAUCUCCCUCGUGUGCAAUUACCCUCUGCGGGGAGGUGACUGCACCCCAGGCCGCUGGGUGCAUAUAUACAUUUACACAUAUUGAUAUAAAAAUAUUGGCUUUGGUGUAGAAAUGCUCCACCCCGCCGUGUCUGUGGUGCCCGCACGGCCAUCAGUCCCAGCAGCAAGGGUUAAACUGCCCGAGGGCUGCCCACAGCCCCUCGCCCGGGGUGCUGUGGUCGUUUGCAGAUGCGUUUUGUUCUUCUCAGCUUUGUUCUGUGCCUGCCCAGCCCAGCACAGCCCGACACAGCGAGGCGGGGCCGUGGCCGCCCUCUGCCCCUGCGGGGCCUGAGCUCCAUCCGCCCUCGCUGCAGCGCCAGGGAUGGAGGGGUGGGUUCCUCCCUUGGCCCUGAGGGGGCUGCAGGGUCUGCCCUGCUUCCUUGGUCCCUCCGUGUUGGCACAGCCCAGCCCGGAUGAGUUAAAAUCCACCUCCAGACAAAAGCCUGGGGUCCCGCCUGAUUUUCAAGGAUGCCGACGGACCUGAUCACCAGCCCUGACAGAGAACCACGGGCACAGGUUGCCGUGGCUGCCGGGCGCCCAGCAGAGGGUCCCAGCCGUGUCGAUGGCCCCCACUUCUCUCAGCAGUGCUGGGAGGGCUGAGCAAGGGGGGCACCAGGUCCAGCAGCUGGUGUUCGAGCUGGGAGAACAGCAGGUUGCUGGGAAACAUCCCUCUUGAGCUCCGAUAAAAAUAGCUCCAUCUUCAAGGCGAGAGGACUGGCUGCACUGCCAGCGGCGCAGGGGAUGUGUCUGCACCCUCCGGGGUGUGGGGGCCGGUGUGGGAUGUCCUGUGGGGUCUGCACCUCGGACCCCCGUCCCCCAUGUCUGUUGUGACGUGGUGCAGUGGGACAGAGCUGCAGGGGAUCGGGGAUUGCCCGUCAUUGCCCCAGUGCUGUUCGCCUUUAUCCCCAGAUCAGACUUGGAAAUGUGUGAGAACAGGAAUCAGGGCUGAGUGGGGAAAGUAGGGGUGUCUUUUUCCCCCCACCCAGCUCCCCUGCCUCUUUGGCUCGUCUCAGUGUUUGCCCACAUGAGGAGGGGGUUCAGGGAGAUGUGGAGCUUGGCUCUGAGCCCUGGCAUUGCCGAGCUUGGGGGGUUUCUCUGCAAAGGCUUUUUCACUGACAGCAGCUAGGCUGGGUGGGUUGGGACAUCCCUUUCCCGGGGCAUGAAGACCCUCUCUCCCUUCCUGCAGCUCUGGAUGGGCUCACUUGAGGACAGUGCCUCUCCCCAGCCUGGGGAGCAGCGUGAGAGCAGGUCAGGGAUUCACCUGUCCCCCUCCACCCUUCUUGGACAUCAUUUGAAUUCGGUGCCCAGGGGAUUCACACCCCCAGCAGCCAAACCCCUCUGGGACACAGCUGUGAGGGAAGAUGGACAGACCUCAGUCCUCUGCCACCUUCCUUGUCUGGGGCAGGCGUUUCAGCCCCGAGGACCGAGGCAGGGCACGAUGGAUGUCUCCGAGCAGUAGUGGGAUGCGCACCCCGAUUCCCGGGGCGGCCGGGGGCUGCGGGGAGGCCUCGGCGGUGCGGGCGAGCCUGCUGGGGAGGUGGCGGGGAUGCUGCGGGGCUGAUUAUUCACAGCUUCCCUCGCCCCGAUUGGCUCUGCCGCCGCGCACAGCCGGGCCCCGCCGCAGGAGGAGACUCCGUGGCCAUAAAAGCGGGGUGAGAGGCAGCCGGCGGCGAGUCCGGUGGGCAACCGGGGCGGCACCGCGGGGCCACCUGCCACUGUGGCCUUGCCACCGAUGACUGGCGCAGCCUGACGCCCGUGGAGGGACAGCCACCGGCCACGAGCCGUCCUGACUUGGCGAGGCGGGUGCUCGGCGGGACGGGGAGCAGCGGCAGGUAGGGCUGCCGGGGGUGGCAUCCCCCUUCCCUUGCGAGGGCACCAUCAGGGCAUCGCUCUUGCUCCCCAAAAAGCGACAGUUUAAGAACAGCACUGCUGAGAGUGGCUUGUGGUUGGAGUUGUGUUAUAUUUUGGGGAGCUUCCACAUGGCUGUAGGUCCCUCCUGUCCCUUGAGUGGUUUCAGAGCCCGUGAGCAGCAGUCCAGAGCUCUGCUGGGGUUCAUUUCUGUGCUGAUGCUGUGCCUGCCAUCCUGGCAGCAGAAUCACCCAGGGCUUGGAGGGGCAAAGGGAGUGGGCAGAGAGGAUGGGGGGUUCUCUCUCCCCCUUCUUGGCUCAAGCAGCAGUGUGGCUGCAGUGCUUGAGUGAUUCUAUUCCAAAAGUUACCAGCUUUUUUUGAGAAGCCUUGUCCUGAUGGUGUUUCCAGGAAAUUUUUGGAGGUGAGGAAAGGAGAUGUUGGAAGGUUGAUUGUUCUUCUCCACCAGAACUGUGUGCAGGACCCAAACCUGUGAAACUGGACCUGUGUGGGAGGGGGGAUCUGCUCAGUGUGGGAGAGCUGUUCACAUCCUUUGUUAGGUAUAAUCACAGGUUAGUCAGGAUGGGGCCAGUCUCUGCUGUCCAGUACACGCAGUCCUGAUUCCUCAUCCCUCCUUGGGUCACCAGCUCUGUAACUGGCCCCUGGGGUGCAUGGAUGAUGCUUGGGGGUUUUCCAAAGCAAAGCCUGGUAUUUGAAGUGGAAAUGGGACAGGGGAGGAAGGGAAAUCAGCAGGCACCUGGUACAGGUAGGAUGUGCUGAGAGUGGCCACAGAGGCUGGGACUCAAUGCUGGCAUUGCCAGACCCUGCCAUGGUCCUUGCAAGGUGUUCCUGCAGGAAGAAAGGCUCCGGAGCCUUGGGCUCCUGCAGGUAACGCAGGAUUGAGCUCGAACUCUGCUUUUCUUCUUCCUCCCUUUGUGUUCUUUUCGCUUUUUCCUCUCCGCUGCUUCUUUCCUCUUUUGUCCAAAGCCCUUUGUUUUCUUCCCCUUUUCCUGCUCCCGUUUUGCCAGUCCUCCUCACCCCAGCUCCGGGAGCAGGCAGAGCACUGCUGGGACAUUUGUGGCACCACCUGGACACGGUACAUUUGCAGUGGGGUGUCCCAGGGUGUCCUUGGCCACGCCGUGCUCAGGGAACUGCAGCUCCCCUGAGUGCCAUCAAAUCCCCCGUCGGCAGCAGGGUGACAGGGAUGGGACACAGCGUGUCUGGAAUGCCAGAGGUCUGAACUGUGCAGUGUCAGACAAACCAGCAUGGGAACGUGCCCGGUGCCGUCCCUGUGUGCUGCUCUGGCGGCACCCACGGGCACACCGGCAGCGGAGGAGCAAGGGAGGGGAGCGGGUGGGGAAAGGGAAAGAAAAGGUUCCCGGCGGGGCUCGGCGAAGCAGUUAUCAGCUCUUUAUCGGAGCUUCAUUCCCCCUGGAGCUGCAGCUGGCACCUACCUGUGCGGCGGGCACGUCCUCGCUCCUCUCUGCGGUCUCGGUGGCCCUGAUGCCAUAAGGGACUGUCCCUGUGUCAGAGUCCAGGCUGGCUGAGGUCCCACCGUGCCCCUGCCAUCCUGGGCAGCUGCCAUCCCGUGCCCUGCCACACUGCCAGGGCACUGCGAGGAUUCACGGAGCUGCUGGCUGUGCAGCCAAGGAAUGCAGACAGCUCGACACACGAUGGUGCAGAUAAUUUAAAUUAAAUUUUAAUCCAGCAUGAAUUAAUACUGUGGCAUUAACAAUUCUUCAUCAGUACCAAUUACAGUACAUUAGCUGCUACUGCUGGAGAGCACAAUAGUCUCUAAUAUGCGUCAUUAAUGUGUAACAGAUCCCUCUGGGUCAUGCCUUACCCACCCUAGAUAAAAGCAGCAAUGGAGGCGGGCAGGGGUUUGCAGCCAGUGCACCCCUUUGGGGCUGGCUCUUACUCCAGGGCCAUCAUGGUCCCAGUGGCACCGUGAUCCUGUGGCACUGCUGCUGGGGUUGGCAGGGGCCCCUCCAGCCUCAGCCAGGGUCAGGUUUAGCACUGCCACCUGCAGAGCCCCUCUCCCAGCUGAGCAGUGUCCUCGUCCAUCCACAGAGGCCAGAGGCUCUCAAAUGUCUGGAGGAUGGCAAUGGUGGUCUGCAGGUAGGCUGGAACCCAGAGUCCUCCUUUUCCCCUUCUCCUGAUGCACCAGCCCAGCAGACUUGGUGGGUGGGAGGGAGGGGAGAUGAGGCUGCCCUGGUGUGGGGUACAGCAGCCUGGGGUGAGUCCACACUGGGCCAUGGCAUCCCCCCAUCCACCUGCCACCACAGCUCCGUUUGCUGGGGCUCUUUUCCCCAGGGCCAAGGGGAAGAGCUGGUGAUUCAUCUGCCUGCGCCAUGCAGACGUGGCAACCACAGAGAAACCCAGUGCUGGGGGAAAAAAGGGACUUUUCUUUUUAAUGGUAUGGUAAGAGAUGGAGAGGAACUGAGAUAUGAGAUGAGAUGAGAUACGAGAUGCAAUACUGUGGUCCUGCCCACACUGACUUGGUGGCCACCAGGGGCUGGCAAUGGCUCUGGGCUUGUGCCAAGGACCAGGCUGCAGCCAGGGUAAGGGGUCCCAUCCUGUGGUGUCCUUGCUGGGAGCAGCACCCACAGGUGAGUCAUGUGGGAGUGGGCACAGGCACAGGUCCCUGUGUAUGAUCCCAGGAGCAGCUCACAGAUGGAGGUGGUAGGUGCCCAGUGCCUCUGGAGUGGUGAUGGCCCCCAGAGCUGGCACAGGGAUGGUGACAGGCUCUGUGCUGUCUUCCCCUCUCCAGGCAGCGUCUGCAGGGCGAGAUGGCACGGCGGGCACUGGCGCUGGCACUCUGCCUGUCCCUGUCUGCGGUGGCAUCUGCCGACUGUGUCACCCAGUGCUCCCUCUGCGCAGCCCAGAGCCGCGGUGCCGAGAGCAGCGUCCAGCCCCUGAUGUGCCUGUGGCAAUGCCAGGGCUCCUUGUCACCCGGCCCCGAGUGGGAGAUGUGCAGGAAGGCGCUGGCGCUCCUGGCCCCGCUGGUGGCCCUGGCUGAGGGGACAGAGCCAUCCCCACAGGAGGCAGAGGAGGAUGAGGCAGAGCCAGAGCAGGCUCUGGGCGCUGCAGAGCUGCCACCAGCGCCGGCCAAGCGCUACGGGGGCUUCAUGAAGAUGAUGUCCAAGGCGAAGCUGCUGUCCCUGCUCCGCGAGAACGCUCACAGCAAGGGCGGCCUCAGCAAGAAGUCCGGGGGCUUCGGCCGCAAGCCGGGCGAGCGAGCGGCCCCCGAGGACUACCCGGGGCCGGCAGGGGACGGGGAUGGGGACGAGGAGCCCACGGGGGCCGAGGGGCCGGAGCUGCACAAGCGCUACGGGGGCUUCCUGCGCCGCAUCCGGCCCAAGCUCAAGUGGGACAAUCAGAAGCGCUACGGGGGCUUCCUGCGGCGGCAGUUCAAGGUGACCACGCGCUCGGACGAGGACCCCAGCGCCUACUCAGGGGAGGUCUCAGACCUAUAGAGCCAGGCAUGGCUCCCCGCACUGCCACUGCCACCCCGACCGUGCCAUCGCCCCCAGCCCUGUCCCCUGCCCGGCCCGGUGUCACCCUUGCCUCAUUCGCUCAGGGGACCGUGAGUUCCGUCCCAUUGUCCUUCUCUGGUUCACCUGCCCAUCCUGUGUGCACGAGGGGACAGUGCCACUCCGGCUGCUGGUGGAGUGGCUGUGGCCCAGCCCAGGGUUCCCGGGAGUAUUGCUGGGGACACAGAUCCUCCAUCCUCCCGUGGCUGCUGGAGCACAUCAGGGUCUGUAAACCACCAGAGCUGAGCUACAGGGCAGGGGGCUCCGAGCACUGGGAAGGAUGAACCAGGGCAGGACCGGGGAGGCCACGGGCAGAGGUGGCUGGUGGAACCACAGCACCAUCACCAGGUGUUCAAGCAGUGCUGAGCCCAGCCCUCACUCCCCUCCCCGAGCCUCUCACAGUGUCCCACCGAUCCCAGCACCCUCCUGGUGCCCCUGGGCUCCCCCUCCAAGAGCGACUCCAGAGGCAGGGUCAGCCCCAAGCCCCAACACCCAACUCCCCCCGCAGUCAAUAAAAGGCAGAUGCCAACGAAGCUGAAGCCAUCUGGGUGCUGAGUGUGCUCUGCAGGGCAGAGCAAGCACCCCAAACUGGGGUGCCCAGAUGGGCCAGGGGUGCUGGCUGUGAGAGCUGCAGGCAGCACACGGUGGUGUCCUUCCUGGGCCAUGGGUGCCAAAAGGAAUGUGGGACCCCACACACCUGUGGAGCCAUAUCCUGGGGGUGACAGGGCCAUCUCAGCUGAGCAAGCCAUGCUCAGCCUGCUGCAGGGGUGUGUAGGGUGCUGGCAAGGGGAGACUCCCUUGGGAAUCACCACUGCUGCCCAGCUGGGAAGGGGCAGUUGUGCUGAGGGCAGAGGGCAAACUGUCCCUUUUCUGCUCAGUGACCC